AUGCGACGAACGAAUUAUUGGUUUUGUAAGACAGUAUUUGAUUUUUCUAAUCCAUCAAAGUUUAUCACAGAACGUAUUGUAGAUAAACCAGUUAAUUUUAUUAAUGGUGUUUUUCUCACUCCAGCUGGCAGUCCAGUCAUAACGGUGGAGGAUCCCUGUACUCAUAACAUUAUUGGUGAGAUUCCAAACUGUGGAUCCUCACAAACACUGGAGGCUAUUAAUGUAGCAGAGUCUGCUUUUAAAAAAUGGAAAAAUGUCAUGCCCCGUGAGCGGGCUUUCAUACUUCACAAAUGGGCAGAUUUAAUAUUACACCAUAAGGAAAGCCUUGCAAAUAUUCUCUCUCGUGAAUCUGGUAAAGUAGUAUCUGAAGGAAUGGGUGAGUGUCUCUAUGCGGAACGGUUUAUUGAAUGGUAUGCUGGAGAAGCAGAGCGGGUGUAUGGUGAUAUCAUUCCUGGUCCUCGCAAGGAUGUACUAACAAUGGUAUUACGACAACCUGUUGGGGUUGUUGCUGUUAUUACACCGUGGAAUUUUCCCUCGGCGAUGAUCACACGUGCAGUGGCUGGUGCUAUCGCGGCUGGAUGUACAGUUGUACUCAAACCAUCAGAACUCACACCAUUUAGUGCUUUGGCUUUAGCACAAUUAGCCACAGAGGCGGGAGUUCCUGAAGGUGUAUUUAAUAUUAUUACUGGAGAUGCUCCUCCUAUUGGAGAGACAUUAUUGGAUAGCUUUAACGUACGUAAAAUAAGCUUUACAGGAUCUACACGAGUAGGGAAAUAUUUAUAUAAACGUUCCGCAUCUACAAUGAAAAAAUUAAGUUUAGAGUUAGGAGGUAAUGCACCUUUUAUUAUUUUUGAAGAUGCAGAUCUUGAAAAAGCUCUAAAUGGACUUAUAAACGCAAAAUUUCGGAGUGCAGGUCAAGCAUGUAUUAGUAGUAAUCGAAUAUUUGUUCAUACUUCUAUAUAUGAUACGUUUUUAAAAAUGCUUAUUGAAAAAGUUAAAACAUUACGUGUUGGUAAUAGUUUUGAUAAGUCUGUGAACAUUGGUGCACUUAUUAACAAUAACGCUAUUAAGCGAUUAGAAACUAUGGUGGAGGAUGCUGUGUUAAAAGGGGCAAAGGUGGAAAUUGGUGGUAAACGUAUAAAUGGUCCUGGUUAUUUUUUUGAACCCACCAUCUUAUCUUGUGUAGAUCAUGAUAGUAUGAAGUGUUGUCAAGAAGAGAUAUUUGGUCCUCUUAUUCCUAUUCUGAAAUUUACAGAUACAACGGAAGUGAUAGAAGCUGCUAACUCUACACCUGCUGGUUUGGCAGCUUAUAUUUAUACUCAAGAUUACCGUAAACAAUUAAAUGUAUCGGAACAACUUCAAUUUGGUAUGAUUGGUGUGAAUGAUAGUGGAUUAUCAUCACCAUGUGCUCCAUUUGGAGGAAUUAAAGAAAGUGGUUUGGGUCGUGAUGGUUCUAAAUAUGGUAUAGAUGCCUUUGUUGAUAUUAAGUAUGUCCUACAAUCACGUGAAUAA